AUGACAUUCGAAUAUAUCGAUAUAGAAGACCCAAUAUUUCAGGCUACCUGUCGUGAACGGAACGAGGAAGAUUACGUGCUAGUGCGUUGUAACGAUUAUGCUACCGUUCCGAUCAAUAUCCCCAACUGGACCCCGGAACCUAUCUGCUUAUCAAGGCGAUACGAGCGCAUCGGGCAGACGAUCAAGGAGAUGGAAGUGCGACCGGAUGACGUUUGGAUCGUAACGUACCCAAAAAGUGGAACCACCUGGACGCAGGAAUUGAUCUGGUUAGUCUGCAACGGACUCAACUUUCAGCAGGCGAAAGAUGUUUCUAUCGAUGCACGUUUUCCCUUCAUUGACCUAUCCGGGCUCCGUGAUCUACCGGAGCCGUUUAAUCCACUGCGCGAUGCGCUCGAGAUGCCUUCGCCGCGCUUUAUCAAAUCGCACCUACCGCCGGCCUUUCUACCGAACGCUCUCUGGACGGUGCAACCGAAACUCGUGUACGUAAGCCGAAAUUCGAAAUCGGUCGCAGUCUCUUACUAUCAUCACUCCGUAUCCCUGCACUGCUACAAAGGAACUCUGGAGCAGUUUAUUCGUUCGAUGAUGAACGAAUUGGCUUACUAUUCACCUUACCAUCAGCAUCUGAUCGAGUACAGUGAGCUACGCUAUCCAAACAUGCUCUCACUGAGCUUCGAAGACAUGAAACAGGAUCUACCGAGUGCCAUUAGGCAAGUUUGCCAAUUUUUCGACAAAACGUACAGCGACGAGCAGAUCGGGCAGCUCGCCAACCAUCUGGGUUUCGAUCAAAUGCGUCAAAAUGCAUCCGUCAACCGACGGCAGUGGAUUGAGUACAAUCUUAAGCAGACCAAUAGAGUUGAUAAGCUUAACGAAAAUGAUAUGCAGUUUAUCCGAAGAGGUGAAACAGACGGGUGGAGAAAGGAACUAUCGCAGGAACUGAUUGAGGCCAUAGAUCGCUGGACAUUGGAGAAGGUACCACAGGGCAGCAAAUAUGCACCAUUGUUUCAUUAA